CAGUAUGGAAGUAUCACUGGAUUUUAAAAAUAACUGCAUGUCAACUUCAUUAUACAGGGUAUAUAACAUUAAUGUUUGUUUGAAAUGCUUUCUUCCAGGACUCCAUUCUCAGCAGAGCGCACUUGAAGUUGGGUCAUAGAAGCUCAGGUCAAAGAAGAGAAAGAACAACAACCCUGACAAAAGAUGUCUGACAUAAUUCACCAAAACUCAACUCAAAACUCUCUUAUUCAUCCUCAGAUUUUUUUCAUCACUGGUUUUUCUAACAUUCCACAUGCAAAAUACUACUUUAUUUUCUUAUGUUGCAUCUAUAUAAUCACUGUCCUGGCGAACACUUUUGUCACACUCAUUAUUUAUGUAGACCGUUCUCUUCACAUCCCAAAAUAUAUGGCUAUUUUUAACUUAGCAGUAGCUGACUUGGGUGAGAGCACAGCUAUUUUUCCGAAUGUGAUUAACGUCUGUCUGUUAAAUAUACAGCAAAUAACCUAUGAGGCCUGCUUGACUAACAUGUUUUUUGUAUUCUUCUUUAACUCCAUGCAGUCAUUCACACUUCUGCUUCUAGCAUAUGACAGGUUUGUUGCAAUUUGCUUCCCACUGAGAUACCACAGCAUUGUCACAAACACUUCAAUGGGCAUUAUUCUCACUGUGGCAUGGGGAAUUAAUUUUAUGCUUUUGUGUCUUGCCGUUGCUUUGAUCACCAGACUGUCUUUCUGUAAAUCCACAAUUAUUGAUAGCUACUUCUGUGACCAUGGGCCGCUAUACAGACUGGCCUGCAAUGACAAUCUACCAAAUAAUAUAUUAGGAAUAGUGUACAUGAUCUUAUAUUUAUUUUUACCCUUAAUUGUGAUUGGUUUAUCUUAUGCAUGUAUUUUGCUAUCAUUGUUUAAAAUUGCAUCAUGGGAAGGACACUGGAAAGCCUUAAAGACCUGCUUUUCCCACCUAAUAUUAGUGUCUGUAUAUUAUUUUCCAAUAUUGGGUAUUUACAUAGCUGCAAUGGCCGGCUCUGUCCACCGCAAUGCAAGGAUAAUUAAUAUAUCACUCUCCUAUGCCAUUCCUGCCAUGUUAAACCCCAUUGUGUAUUCUCUGAACACUGCUGAGAUCAAGGAUUUUAUAAAAAAAAUUAUCAGAAGAAAUAAGCACAGAGUUCAAGAAGCCACAUCAGAUAGACAUUCGACAUUACUCUAAAAUUUCCCCAUUCGGAGAUUCAUUCUGUUCACUGUGUUGGAGUAGUUUGUUUUUGUUGUUUUAGUUUCAAUGAGAUGGGUUAGUUUAGGGUUUCUCAGCCCUGGUCCUAGAAGGCCAGAAUCCAACAUACUAUGCAGAUUUCCUUGAUGAAACACAUCUUAAUCAGCUAAUUAUCAGGUUUAGUAGCUGUGUUUGAAUAUGGAAAUCUGCAAACUCUAUUGGAUUUUGGGCUUUCUGGACCUGAAUUGGGGAACCUUGGGUUAGUUGGUUACAUGCAAAUCUAUGAAACAUGAACAUCUGAAUGUAAACAGUUUUAUACUAUAUGUGUGUAUAUGUAUGUACUUAAGCAGUGAGUAUCAAAUUUUCUUGUGUGUUCUUUACAGUGUGAUUAGUCUAUAAAAACUGUUUUUAUUUUGUACAGCAUCUGCACAAAUCACAUUACCUGCGCUCAGUUCAGCAGUGCUUAAUUUUAGGAAUGCAUAGUUAGGGGCAAAGCACCAUAGGUGAUAGGCACCUAUUACAACCGUUGAUAUAUUUCACUAUUAUUAC